AUGGAAGGGCUUCUCCAGUCGCAAGGCGGCAGCGGCGCUCUGCGGCCCGCCUCGUGCCCGCGCCGCCAUAGCCGGCUCUGCAGCCGGGCCCGGGCGAGCGUGCGCGGCGUCCGGCAGCUCGCGGUCAGCCUCGACGAGCUGAGGCGCACCAGGAAAGCCAUCGUGGGCGGCGCGGAUGACCACGUCGUGAACGGGCGCGCGCCGGAGGCCGGCGUCGACGCCGCGGCUAAGGCGGUCGAGAAGCUCUGCGCGAUCGCGGAGGCGGCGGCGGACCGGGCCGAGAUGCACGACAUCAUCGGCAGGCAGCGGGACAACUGGAACCACCUGCUGCUCCACUCCACCAACUCCCUCGCGCUCACGGCCUCCGUGAUGGCCGCGCUGGCGCCCGCCGCGCCGACCCUGCUCGCGCUCAAGGCCUCGGCCGGGAUCCUCCUGGCGACAACUGCCGUGACGAUGGCCGCCGUCAACAAGAUCCAGCCGUCGCAGCUCGCCGAGGAGCAGCGCAACUCCACACGGCUCUGGAGGCAGCUCGAGCGUGACGUCCGCGCCACGCUCGACCUCGGGAUGACGCCGGUGACGAAAGCCGAUGUUGAGGAGGCCAUGGAGAGGGUGCUGGCGCUCGACGCGGCGUACCCACUGCCACUGCUCCCAGGAAUGCUCGAGAAGUUCCCCAAGACCGUCGAGCCCACCCGGUGGUGGCCGCGCCGGCAGCAGAAGAAGCCAGCUCAGUCCAAUGCCAUCAAUGGCGCCCGGCGAGGCGCCACGGCCGGCAACGGCUGGACCCAAGAGCUGGAGGACGAGAUGCGGGGCAUCGUGCGGGUGCUCAGAGCCAAGGAUGAGCAAGAGUACGUUUCGAACGGCAAGCUGGCGCUGAGGCUCAACCGUGGUCUUGCCGUGGCCGGCCCGGCGCUCGCGGGGACGGCCGCGCUUGCCGCGGCGUUCAUCGGCGCCGGCGAGGUCGGCUCCUGGGCCUCCGGCGCGGCCGUGCUCGGCGGCGCGCUGGCGGUGGCGGCGAACACGGUAGAGCACGGCGGGCAGGUGGGCAUGGUGUUCGAGCUGUUCCGCAACGUCGCAGGGUUCUACCGCAAGAUCCAGGAGGACAUCAAGGCAAACCUUGACGAGACCGACGUCGAGCGGAGGGAGAACGGUGAGGUGUUCCAGACCAAGGUGGCUCUGCUGCUCGGGCGGAGCACGUCGGACCUCCAGCAGUUCAGGGAGAUGGCGUCGCCGUCGUUCAAGGAUGAGGACAUCAAGGAUUUCGCCGGGAAACUAUUUUAG